GCACGAAGGUCUCGAAUAGAGCACAUAUUUUGCCCUUAGAUAUUGCGUACAUAUAUUAAGAAAUAUGCCUGCUGACCCAUACACAUAUGCUGAGAUAACACAAAUUGAUGUAGCCAUUGUCAUGCAUUUUUUGAAAGGAACUGAAGCCAUAAGUGAAGAAAAACUUGUUGAUGAACUAUUUGAGCUGAAACCAUUUAUUACUAGCCUUGGGAGCUCGGAAGUUGAAAACAUUAUCAAAAAGUGUCGUGAAGAGAAAAACCAUGGUAACGUAAUCUCAUAUCUGAAGAAUGCCGAGGUGGAGAAUCGUAAAAAAUCAAAGCAAAACUUUUUUAACUGGAUAUUUAAAAAAAAAAAAGAAGAUAAAGAAGCAUGUAGUUUGCCUGAUAAGGGUAAAGAAAAAAGGAACCAAACAUCUUGUGAAGAUGUUGAGGAGAAAGAAAUCAUCCCUUCCUUAAAAACACCAGAAUUAUCUUCACCAUCAUCCAAUGGAAACAAUAUGGAAUGUUAUCCUAAAAUGUCCAUAAAUUCGACAGAUAGUCAAUCAACUUCCUCAAGAACAGCGCCUUUGUUGUUUCAAACACGUUUGCAGCGUCAUGAAGAAUAUGAAUUAUCUAAUCGGUACAAUUUUCAGAACACUUCAAACAACACCGCUUUGUUAAACAGUUCUGAGGCCACUCCACAAAUUGACAAAGAGUUUCAAGAAAUCUUUAGGAAAUUUGUUAAUAAUUUUUCUGAUAGCUAAUUGCAUUGUAUUUCAUCAUCUGUUUUCUUUUUUCAAUAUUUCUUGUCUGUA